AUGAGAAGAACAAUGGAAGUGGAAGAAUAAAAUUUUGAAGCUGAAGAAUGGGGGAUUGCUCAAUAAAUGUAAAGAAUACUAGGAGAAAUUCAUUAUCUUAUGUAAGAGCAAAUUCUAGCAAUUGAUUAUUAUUCAAGUUAGCGAAGAAACUAUUAUUAAGUUAAAGAUAAUUUAGAAAAAAAAGAAGACAGUGUAAAUGCUAGAUUGGAAAAUUAUAAAUAAUUACAUCAAUAAUAUAUAGGUGUAAAAUAAAUUUAUCAUUAAAUAUUACUAUUUACUAAAGAUAAAAAAUUACUUAAUUAAAGAAUCUAAAAAGUAGGAUAUAAAGAAUAACAUUUUUUAAUAGAGAAUCCUUAAAAUUAUGAAAUUGAAGAAGUUAAGGAUCCCAAAUAUUUAAAGGAUAAAGAAAAUCAAAUAAUAUAUUUUAGAAAAAUUGAUUACAAAUGGUUUUUUAUUAGAAUAAUUAAGAAUUAUGAAUUUACAAAAUACUUAAAUGCUACUUAAAUAUUGGAUAUAGAAGCAUUUUUAUGUGAUGGAUCUUAAAAAAUGGAAAAAUAAGAUAAUUAACAUGAACUUGAAAUUAUGAAAUAAGUCAAUUAAUGGUUUAAAUAAUUAAUAUUUAAUGUCUAAUAUAGAAAAAUAUAAAGAAAAUAAUUAACAGAAAUUAUUCAAUAUAUUGAAGAAACUAUUAAGAUAUUAUUUAAGGGACUUAAAUGUUCAACAUGUAAUUAAGUUUUCCUUUAGACUGAAGAUGGAAAAUUUGUAUAACCUUGUGUAAAAUUAAAUGAAAACGAUAAUUUGCAUCAUUAUUCUUGUUUAUUUAAUUGA